AAAGGUUCGGGGGAUGCAGUAAUUCCAAUUUAUUACAAAAAUUUCCAUCCAUCUUGUACCAGAUAGCUGUUCGAUUCCUGGUUCCGAAAUUGGCGGUUCCUCGGCUAUUGCCGCUGCACGUGGGACAUUUCUCCAUUACUGAGGCAUUUAGGGGGAUAUAUAUCAGCUCUACCAUUAUGUCAAGGUCAUUGGCGGGUUUACUGAGGAGGAGCAUUGCGGCCUUUCCAGCUGCUCAAUCCUCUGCUAUUGCUUCUGGAUGCUUUUAUCGAAGUGCAACCUGCUAUUCAACUACUGUGCCACAUGAUCCUGAUACACACGAAGACUUCAUACCCACUAGUAAGCUUGAGGGUUCUGGACUUUCACUGAAUAAAAUUGUUGAACAGGAUGUCAACGAGAACCCUGUGAUGAUUUACAUGAAAGGAGUCCCAGAUCUUCCUCGUUGCGGAUUCAGCUCAUUAGCAGUGAGGGUGCUGCAAGAAUACAGUGUACCUAUAAGCGCCCGAAAUAUACUGGAAGACCCUGAGCUGAAGAAUGCUGUGAAAGCCUUCAGCAACUGGCCUACAUUCCCUCAAAUAUUCAUUCACGGGGAGUUCAUUGGAGGAUCAGAUAUCAUCCUUAAUAUGCACCAGACUGGUGAGCUUAGAGAAAAGCUGAAAGAUACCUCUGAUGGACAAGAGAAAGUGGAAUAAGUUACAUUGCAGAAGUCGUAGAGAUUUUCUUUAGUGGGUCGGCAGACAAUUUCAAGCAUUGAUUGAAAGUAUAACAGAAUAGAGCCGUUGCAUUGGCUCUACUUAAAUUUUAGAAUGUGAUUCCUUCGUAUGGCACUAGCUGAUGCAAUAGGACUAGUUUCUGGUGUUUUGGUGGAAUUGCUUUUCAGGAAGUCUGUCUGGUUGUGGUCUGACUUUGUUUGCAUGGGCGAGUGAUUUUUAGUUGGCAAUAAUUUUCCCUCUAUAAAUUUAGUAAUCCUUAUCUAUAAAACAAAAACUUUUGUAAUUCUUGGACGACUAGGUUGCAAAGUGAGUGAAAAAUCAUGUCUAGAUUUUCAAGA